GGGCGCAAAAGCAUGAGUGUAAGUGGGAACAACGAACUGAACAGAGGAAUAUAUUCUGGUAAUUAAUCAGAUCAGCGUGGAAGACUUGGUUAUAUAAAGAGCAAGGGCGCAUAAGCAUUUCCGCAACCAAGCAAGAACAAGUUUCCUAUCUAACUCUGUCAUCUCUGCAUAAAACCAGCUUCAAAAAAUGAACUCCUCUCAAGGACUCAACAGCUGCUCCACCGAAUCCAGGUUUAAGGAUUUCCUAAACAAAAAUGAUAAGUUGGUGAUAGCUUUCUUCACCAGUCCCAGAAGCCAAAGGUCCCUUAAUUUCGAACCAUUAGUGAGGGUGAUUGCAAGUCAACACCCUUAUCUGGCCUUCAUCAAGAUCGACGGUGACGCCGUGAAGAAAAUUUCUGAAAAGUAUAAUGUGACCAACUAUCCCACGUGCAUUCUGUUCAAGAAAGAAGAAGCUUUGCAGACGGUUGGCAGUGCAAAUAGAAGAGAUCUGAUGAAUUUGAUCGGCAAGGCUAAAGAGAUGGCUCCACCUGAUGCCCAGGCAUAGGAAGACCGCAGCCGGCCGCAGUACUUGGCUAUUACUAUUAAUUUCCAGAGCUACUAUGUAUGAUUUGGAUGCUUUAUUAAGCUGGAGUUUUAUAGUAUAAUAUAUACAUGUUAUAUAAUAAUAAUAAUAAAUUUUAUGUAUUUGGAAUGUGUAAUAUCAAAGAUACUGGUCGUGAUUGCUUCAA